AACCUUCACAAUGCUUUCAGAAUUACUCGAAUCAGACAAAUCUCUGAAAUUCUUAUCCUACGCCGAUGAUUUUGUAAUAAUAAAGGAACUUAGCAGGCUGAACCAACCGAUCAUCGACCUUAACAAUACGAUAUGCGCUAUAGAAGACUGGUGUAACUAUUCCGGAGCGGAACUGUCAAUAGACAAAUGUAAGCAUCUCCACAUUUGCAGAAAACGAAACUGCAGUCCAGUUCUAAACUGCAACAACUACUCUAUAUGUCCAGUGAACAAAUUAAAAAUACUAGGCAUAACCUUCAACAGCAAGUACAAAUGGGAUUCCCACAUAGAGGAAUUAAGCACAUCGCUCUCAAAAAGGCUUAACAUUAUUAAAUGUUUGUCAAACAAAAACUAUUCUUGCGAUACCUCUACACUUAUCACUAUAACACGUUCUGUCAUUGUUUCGAAAAUCUCAUAUGGUAUAUAUCUUUACGGAUACACCUCCAAAGCCCUUCUCAAUAAAAUCAAAACUACAUAUAAUUCUGCCGUGCGUUUAUCGCUAGGUGCACACCGCACUACAAAAAUUUUUAAUUUACUAUUCGAAGCUAACCUGAAGACUAUUGAAGACUAUAGAGAUAUUGCUACAGCCCAGCUGAUUAAAACAAUUUUAUUUAAUGAUAAAACCCCCCUCAUGCAAAUGCUUAAUAAAGCUUUGAAAACUAAGAAAUUUUAUAAAACAGACUCCGCUAUUGGGCGUAUUGUUUCCGCCUGUAAAUCCUACAACCUACCUUUCAACUACCCCGCUCCCAAGACGAAUAACCCUUAUUGGAGGUUCAAUCCAGCAACAUUAGAUACAUCCCUACGAAAGUAUUCAAAGGAGCAUACAAUCCCACAUCUUUAUGUAGCUGAAUUUCAGAAUAUUUGCACCAAACUGCAGAACUAUAGUUUCAUUUUCACAGAUGGUUCUAAAAUUAACAAUGUUACAAGUUAUAGUCUAGUUACCGACAAGAGAAUUAUCAAGACAUCUCUUCUUCCAGAAUAUAGCUCAGUUUUCUCGGCUGAAAUAAUCGCAAUUCUUGAAGCUAUCAAGUUCGCAAAGAGAUCUAAAGGCAAUUUUGCUAUCGUCUCUGAUUCAUUAUCUGCCUUGGACUCUAUAGCGAACCACAACAGUACUGAGGUUUAUUCCUCCAUAAUAAGAGAUCUGCUGAUCCAAGAAAAUAGAAAAAUCAAAUUAAUUUGGGUUCCAGGUCACUCUAAUAUUUUAGGAAACGAAUUUGCUGAUGCAGUAGCUAAACAAGCCAAUAAAAUGCCUCUUAUAUCCACCGCAAAUACAUCCCCAAAUGAUAUAAAGAAACAUAUACAAAAAGAUUUUUCAUUAAAACAAAUUGAGAUAUGGAACAGCUCCUCGCUUUGGUAUAAGAAUCUGAAUAGAAAUAAAUUAAAUCUGCAUGACUAUCUACACAAAGACCAAUUACUGUCCAGGAGUGAUCAAGUCAAAAUUAUAAGGCUAAGAUUAGGUUACUGUCGUUUGACACAUGACCAGGUCAUUGACCGAACUUUAGAUAAACACUGUCCGUUCUGUAGAUCCAGUACUUCCGAUACGACUCAUAUAUUUUUAUUCUGCCCACAUAUUAAAUUGCUUAUAUCAAACUAUUUUCCAAACAAAAGUUUAUUGGAGAUUCUUAGCAAUAUCAAUGCCCCUUCAAACAAAUUAGACUUAAUUAAUUUUCUUAAAUCAUGUAACCUAUAUAACCUUAUUUAA